AUGGCGCUGGCUGAACGCCAACAGAGCCAAAGCCUUCAUAAGGAGCACGAUACAUUUCCGGGGGAUGAAGAUGGGGCCCAAACAACCCUCCGCCCAACCGAUGAUGCUGCAUCGAUGACCCGCGCCUCAAAUGCACCUGAACAACCUGAGACAUGCGCAGUAUCAGAGUCAGGGUCGCGAAAUCACUUGAAAAGUCCAUCUCGGUCUUAUUCCGUCUCUGUUGUUGUACCGGAACGCCCCUCAAUCAUAGCGACCGCUGAGCAGACGAAGACCAACUUUCAGAGGUCGAGUAUGGAUAAAAGGAAGAGGAAUUCCGUAUCUCCGAGCGAUAUCGAUAAUGAUGAUCAUGGUGACAACGAUUAUGCCGACGGAAAUGACGAUGGUGAUGACAGUGACACUUUGCCGCAUCCCCGGAAGCGACGGCGACGAGGGGCCACCGUGAGGCAAAGGACGGGCCAAGAACGCCAUAACACACAAAGAACCGCACGACGCAAAACUGUCUGCUUUGACGAACCUCGGCAUCACUGUCAAACAACUGGACUUCAGGAUAUUGAGACUAUUCCUGUUAGGGGCUAUUUAACGCGCCAGGUGCUCCUCUCUCGCGUGGUCUAUUCCUUCACUUUUGAAGAAGAUAGAACAACGGAUCUUCUCUUGAAUAAGUCAACAAGGAGCACUUUAGAAGAUCAAGGUGAUGGUCUCCAGAGCGGGUACAGCGCACGCAGUAACCGUAAACCCUCUGGUUGUGCCACCAGCAGGCGUGUUGCUGUCUUAUCCGAAGAGGACAAACUUUUAAUGAAAUUAAAGCAGAAAGACCAUCUUCCAUGGAGUGAGAUUGUGAAGCACUUCCCGGGAAGGACGAAGGGUUCGCUUCAGGUUCGGUAUAGCACCAAGCUGAGGAGUUUGAGCUGGUUUGAUGAGACUUCGGAGGCGGCCAGCGGCUUGGAUUCUAGUUUGCACGAAUCGGCGGGUAGCAGAGGACAUUCCGGUUAUCAGCAGCGAUACGGACAGCCUCGGGCGCGGCGUAGAGUGGAACGUUAUUCACCGGCUUAA